AUGGCAUCGGCGCUCCUGAGGCGCCGCGGCGCAUCGGCGCCAGGCGCCUGCUUGGCCGCAUGGGCCUGCUGCCUGCUGCUGGCAUGUGCCGCACUACCGGCCCUGGGGCAAGGCGGCGCCGGCGGCGGCGACUGGGACGCGCUGACAUCAUCCAACGUCACAGCGCCCGUCAACGCGACGACGCCCAUCAAUGCGACCACGCUGGUGGGUGACGCGGGGAAUGACUACGACGAUGGGUCACCGGGCGCAGACGGCGCGGCCGCAGGGGACAACGACUACGCUGACCCGACAGCGUCACCCGCGAAUAAGACGGCGUCACCCGCCGUCAUACUGACGGCGUCACCCGUGAACAAGACGGCGUCACCCGCCGUCAUACUGACGGCGCCGCCCGCCAACGUGACCGCGCCGCAGGGCAACGCGUCGGCGCCGGCCUCGCCCUCGCCGCGCCCGCCGCAGUCCCCCUCUCCGGCGCCGGCCGCCGGCAACAAGCCAACCACGCUCACGUUCGAUACGUGGAAGACCACCGAGCAGGCGUCGCCGAUUUCGUCGUACGCGGGGCUGACCUGGACGGGCGCGGCGGCGGCGGCGUGCUGCGUGGCGCGGGCGGCUGGGGCGCGCAAGGCCAGGUGCAGGUGGCUCCCCCGCCGCCUGCGGCGCGGGACAGGGACCCCCGAGCAGAGCAUCGGCGGGAACAUCCGCUGCAGCCUGCACCAGGAGGCGCCGCCUGGAUGCCGCCCCUGGGGCGGCAGCGGGCCGGUCGCCAUCUACAAUGGCAAGCGUGCGAUCGGCAAGAACCUCGUGGCCGGCGUGAGAUCACAGCCCAACGCCCUGGACUUCAUCCCCGGGAAGACCCCCAUCACCAUAUCCGUCCCGAAGGGCUCCAACCGCCUGUUCGCGCCGCACUCGGUGUGGGCGACGUACGUGGAGGACUACAACUAUCCCGAAAGGGAUGAGAUUCUGCUGGUGUUCACCGGUUACGACGCCAAGGACACCAUCGUGGGCCAGAUCUUCACACUGCUCAAGGCGGGGGUGCCUAACCAGAUCGACUUCCCGCUGUCCUUCAGGCAGGGCAUCACGCGGAUGACCAUCGCCCCGCAGCCCACCCGGAAGACCGCCGGCUCCGAUCCCGCCCAGAUUGAAUUCGCAAUGGAUGACUUCACCCUCGUCCUCCCCUACGCCCCGAAACCCGCCACCGCUGCGAACGGGACCGCUCAGGUCGGUGCGAAGAUCGAGAAGUACGCCGGCAUCCCAUUCGUGCCCGAUUACUACGCGUACUGCGACGCCAAGGCAGCCGAGGCGAGGCCCGAGUGCCUGCGCUACAGCCUGCACGCCGCCGUGCGAGGCUUUGGAUGA